AUGGGAAAUGAUAAUUUGUAUGUGCAAGCUAUUUAGUUGUCAAUAUAUCCCCACCUAACCUUUUCUCUCAAGCUAUCAUGACAGCUGCCAUGUACUUAGGUUAAAAGUCAUGGUUAGACCAAGUGUUAUCCGUAUCUUGGGAUUUACUUUCAAUGCCAGCCUCUCUUCAAGCUCUGGUCAAUAAUACUGACAAAUACUUUUUUCAUUGCAGGUCUAUUUCUGAGCAUGGGCCCAGCCAAGUGAUGGUAGAUGAUGGGUAAGUAUGAGAAACUUACUUGCGACUGAUUCAAGAAUUUAUUAACUGAAAAUAAUUCCAUUCAUCAGAAAUAAUGUUAAAUUUGUAUUCAAAAGUACACUUUUUGUUAAUAAUUAACUCAUUUGGGCAUAUUUUGAGAAUCGGCCAAGCGAGAAAACCAUUCCCUGAUAACAUCUAAAUUAUUGGUUUAAAGGUCAAAUAUGAAAAGUAUUAAGUUCAUAAAACUACGUUGUACAAUAUUUUUGAUGAGACAGAAGCAUUUCAUUUCUUUCAUCAGGGCCCCAGAUGAAACAGUAGUACAAAGUAAAUUUGAAACUAAAGUAGUGGAAAGCAGAACAAGUUCAGAGGUUGGUUACUGAACUUGUGUAGCAAGGCAUGAAAACCAGAGAAUUUGGAAUCAACCAUUCAUAGAAACACAUCUUAAAGCCUUUAUUUAAGAGGUGCCGUGGUCUAAGGCUAAGCACACUUGGCCUGGGUAUCGAGAAGCCCCGAGAAGAGGGAAACUAGGGAGAGAGGGAAAUCAGUGUACUGGGAAUAGUCUACUUAUUAUAGUUGGGUUUGGGAGGAUGAUGUCUUGAGACUUUACCCUCUGCCCUUGACCGUCAUAUUUGCCUGCACCGACUAGCUGCCUGGCUUCUAUAGUCCUCUAAUCUAGGACGCAUACUUCCCUAUGCGAAGUUGAAAAUAUUCUGAUGAAUGUAUCAAUUUAGAAGAGCUGAACUUAGUGGCUAAAUUUAUAACGGAGAGAAGAGUUACCAUACAUCGUCGAAUUCGCCUCUGAUCAGCCAAAGUUUCAAAUAAGUACUCCAUGCAAAGUGGUACAAAAUUUAUGACAAGUUAACAAAAUAAAACAGCUCACCUCAAAUAUCGAUCGAAUAUACACACAGAUGAGCAUUUUAUUACUAAUAAAAAGAAAUUGUCGCGUUGUUACUAGUUAUUUAACAUUUGUUAUUCUUUCUACAGUGUACACCAGAAAUACAUUCGCAAAGUGAUGAACUAGCUUUAGAGGAGGUAAAUUAUCCUACUGACCAAGGUAUAAUACAUUGACGGCUACUUCUUUCGCAAGUGUUAAGUUUCAAGGAAGGCAUUUUUUGGACAAAAUUGUAUGUCAAAAGGGCAAUUUGAUUGCCAAGACAAUCAUCAUUGCAAGUCUCGUAAUUUCACUGAGCUGUUAAUGUGGGUGUAUGCGUGUGUGUGUUUGUGCGUGUGGAUGAAAUAACUGGACUGUAAAUAUUACAGUGUUUUCUGUUGCAUUAAAUUCUCUUCCCACUUCACUUUAUUGGCAGGCGAACGAUCACAGCGUGUCACUGUUUAUCGAAGUAACGUCAAAAAAGAUGUCAUUAAAAUAUUUAGCGACCCGAGAAUUUUCAGCUACAGUUUUGAUGUGGUUGUUAUAGAUGCAAGAAGCGAACCUGAGGCCGGACGGGGUAAAGAAGUUCUACUCGAUGUCAUGACGUGUUUCUGGCAAGAAUGUUUUACAGCUCUGACGAAUGGAAAUAAUGAAAAAAUACCAUACAUAAGGCAUGACCUCCAAAAGCCUGAAUGCAUGGCCAUCGCACGAGUCCUUGUUUAUGGGUACCAAAAGAUGAAGUAUUUUUCUCUUCAACGUUCAAAUCUAUCUGUUGCAUUGUGCUUGUUUGGGGAGAAGAGUAUAACUCUAGAGUUUCUGCUGAAGUCGUUUCGGGAAUAUAUCGUGGCAAAUAAAAGGAUAGGGAGGUGUUGGAUAUGA